AUGGACCCAUCAGAUGAUUUAGUUCAAAAAUACCUUAUUGAAGGACAUAUCAAAAUUUAUAAAUAUACUCGCUUCAAGGACGUUGAGUUGAUUGGUGAAGGUGGUUAUGGAAAAGUGUAUCAUGCUACUCUCAAAGAUAAUGAUGUUACUGUCACUUUAAAGUCAUUUAAAAGUAAUAAUGUGACUAUUAAAGAGAUUGUUAAUGAGCUUAAAUUACAUUGCAAAGUAGACAUGCAUUCUAAUAUUAUACGUCUACACGGUGCUACUAAAAAUGAAGUUCCUCAUCAAUAUGUGGAUUGGAAACAAUCUGAAACUAAGACAAC